AUGAGGGCCACCACCUAUCUAGCUCUAGCGACUACGGGAGUAUUAUUCACCGUGUAUCUAUACAAGAAACUUUCCGAACAUCUCACCAUCACAGACCUCGAACGCAAUAAUGGCUGCAUGCCGCCAAGGAAAUAUCCACACAAGGAUCCGCUUCUCGGACUCGAUUUCUUCUUCAAGAUGGGCGCGGCGAUGAAAGCCGGAAAAGUACUCCAGACAAACCGAGAACUUUACGCCAAGUAUGGGAAAACCUUCCAGAGCAACUCCUGGGGAACAUCAGCCAUCCACACCUGCGAAUCCGAAAAUAUCAAAACGGUCCUCGCGCUUUCGUUUGGGUGUUUCGGAAAGGUGAAGGUGAAGCCGGAGAAAAGGGGUGGAUCGCUAGAGGCCCAGGGAACCUUUACCGCGGAUGGGAAGAUAUGGCAACGCUCGCGUGCGCUCAUUCGACCGACGUUUGCGAGGACUGAGAUUUCUAAUUUUGGGGCUUUGGAGAAACACGUCGCGCGGUUUUUGGAGCUUCUUCCGUGCGAUAACUCGACGUCUCUAGAUAUCUCCACCGAAUUCCUGUUCGGUGAAUCGGUAGAAUCUCAAUCCCCGAAUACCCCCUUUGAUGCUCUAGAAUUCCUCAAUGCAUUCGAUAUGACUAUGCGUGGUCUCGGCGCACGAAUGAUGCUUGGCAAGCUGAGAUUCAUUCGUGGUCGAGAUGUCGAGUGGAAAAAGGCUUUCGGGAAAGUGCACGCCUAUAUUGACAAACACAUCUCUCGGGUUCUGGAGGGUCAGAAGAGUGCCGAGAAUAAUGAAGAGGAAGAUAAGAGUGCCACUCAAAAACAGUAUAUACUCUUGAACGAAAUGGCAAAGGAAACGCAGGAUCCGGUUGAUUUACGCUAUCAGCUUUUUCAUGUCUUUAUCCCCGCUCAUGAUGCGACGGGGAUAGCUGUUAGCGAUAUAUUUUUUCAUCUAGCUCGUGAUGCGCAUCGAUGGGAUAAACUGCGGGGAGAAGUACUCGCUGCGACGACCGGACAGACGCUGAGUUUCGAAAUCCUGAAGUCAAUGAAAUAUUUACGAUAUGUGUUUGAUGAAAGUCUCCGUCUUCACCCCACCGCAGGCUUUCUACGGCGAGUAUGUCACAAAGACACCAUUUUACCACUUGGCGGUGGCCCUGAUGGGAAGGCCCCCUUCUUAAUCAAAGAGGGUAGUAAUAUCACAUGUGAUAUCUACGCAUUACAUCGCGACAAAAGCUACUGGGGCAACGAUGCCGAUGAUUUUCGUCCCGAGAGAUGGGAGACCUUGCGACCUACUUGGGAAUACCUUCCAUUUUCAGGGGGACCGCGCAUUUGCCCUGCUCAGCAGAUGGUUUUUAUUGACUCGGCGUAUAUUAUUGUGAGGGUAAUGCAGAAGUUCUCGAAAAUCGAAAGUCGGGAUUCAAGACCUUGGAUGGAACGGUUUAGAAUGGCGGUGGAGAAUGGGAAUGGGGUGAGGAUUAGGUUGUUGCAGGAUUAA